AAUUUUCAGUGUCGUCUCUUCACAAUCGAGACGGAGCCUCUCCCACACUCGAAAAAAAAAAAAAGUUUUACUCGCUCAUUGCGCCUAUUUCCUGUGUGGUAUAAAUACGAGUCCGUGCGCACAUCUGCACCACUGCAGCGCACAGGUUAACAACAAUUUAACCGCUUCCCGUUCACGGAUACAAUUCUUCUCUUCAGGAGUCAAGACAACUGCAACUGCAAACAUGCCCAAGUGCCCAAAUUGCGACAAGGAAGUGUACUUUGCGGAGAAAGUGACAUCGUUGGGGAAGGAUUGGCACCGCCCCUGCCUGAAGUGUACAAAGUGUAGCAAGACCCUCAGCUCCGGAUCUCAUGCAGAGCAUGAGGGGAAGCCGUACUGCAACAAGCCCUGCUACGCUGCCCUGUUCGGACCCAAAGGAUUCGGACAUGGAGGCACCGAGAGCCACACGUUCAAAUAGACACCUACAGGUUCAAGCUGUUCAUUAAAGUUUUGCAUGAAGAUAAUCCAAACCUCAAGCAGGAAGACCUGCAGUGAGACCCCUGCCGGCUGGUUUUAGGACCCCCCCCCCCCCCCCCCCCCCCCCCCCCCCCCCCCCCGUCUUCCUCCUGCUAACGAUGUGUCGACCAUCACACCCCUCCCCCCCCCACCCUUGUCCGUACUAAUGUGGACAUUUUAAUAAAACUCGUUAAAAAGG